AUGUCCUAAUUCAACUAAAAAAAUUCUAACCUCCCUUAAAUUGUUGGAAACUACAAGUUUUAAAAAUAUCUUGGCCAUGGAACUUUCGGCGAGGUUGGUCUGUACUCAAAUGCUUCUGUCUAAGUAGCAAUAAAGUUUGACUCUAACUAAAUAACAGGCAAAUCAAACUAUCAGAUGGCAAGUCAUAUCAAUACUUGA